AUGAAACAGACACCAAAUGUCCGACAGGUUACCGAUAUUAUCGGUGAAUGGGGUCUAUGGCAGCUAAAUGUGGUUAUGUUUUCAAUUACUAUACAAAUAUUUUUGGCAUUUCAAACAUUGGCCGUAUCGUUUUAUGCGCCAACUAUUAGCUACCGGUGCACCGAUAAUAUUAGUAACUAUACUACCGGUAAUGACAAUCAGACAUCAUAUGAUUAUUGUCUGAAUGGUUGUCAAAACUGGACGUUUGAUAAAUCAGUGUUUAAAUCGACAAUCAUUGAUGAGUGGCACCUGAUAUGCGAUAGACAGGGAUUGGCAUCACUGACCCAAUCGUUGUUUAUGAUAGGCUGGGCAUUAGGUGGCAUCAUAUUUGGCAUACUAUCCGAUCGAUUCGGCCGUAAACCGAUACUAUGGGUUACGAUAAUACUGGAAAUAAUGGCCGGUCUGUCCAGUGCACUGGCCGUCAAUAUUACACAUUUUAUGAUAUCGCGUACAGUAUUGGGAAUGUUAGCUAAUGGUCGCUAUUUGACUGCAUUUAUGUUAGUUACCGAAUGUGUGGGUAGCAAAUAUAGGGCCACUUUAGGUGUAAUUUUUCAGUUAGGUUGGGCACUGGGCUACUGUCUAUUGCCAGGUGUGGCCUACUUGUUGCCAAACUUUCGCCAUAUGAUAUUAGCGACAACUAUACCGGAAGUUUUAUGGCUGGUAUGGUUGAUAGUCAUACCGGAAUCGCCCCGUUGGCUGAUUGCCCACCGAAAAUGGGAUCAAUUAGAACUGGUGGUCAAACGUGCCGUCAAAAUCAAUUCAUUGUCGAUGAAUCAGAUCAAUAGUCAGAUGCAAUCGUUGAUUAAAUCAAAUACAAGUUGUUGUGAUGAAACUAUUGAAACAAAUUCAAGUAAAUCCAAUUUAUUGGCUGUAUUUAGGUCACCAAACCUGAGGAGGACAACCCUAAUCAUGUUUUUUACGUGGUUUGUCAACUCAUUUGUCUAUUACGGCAUAUCGUUAAACAUCGGCGACUUUGGCGGCAAUUUGUUUAUCAACUUUUUGAUUGCCGGUCUGAUUGAAUUUCCCAGUAGUUCACUACCGCUGAUUGCAAUCAAAUAUAUCGGUCGCCGACCACUCGUUGCCGGACUUAUGUACGCGAGUGGACUGUCGUGUUUGGCUGUCAUACCUUUCGGAUCGAUGACCACUACUACCACUACUGUAUGGCCGAGGAUUACCAUUGCAUUGAUCGGCAAGUUUUUCAUUGGCUGUUCGUUCAAUAUUAUCUAUGUCUAUACGGCCGAAGUCUAUCCGACUGUUGUCCGACAAGUGGGUGUCGGCACGUGUUCAAUGGCAUCACGUGUUGGCUCAAUGAUAGCUCCGUUUAUCAAAGAUCUGAAUGUAUACACCGGUAUGAGUGUCGUACUGACCAUUUUCGGUGGUCUGUCCAUUGCCGACGGUGUGUCCGUACAUUUUCUACCCGAAACCCGUGGCCAACAAAUUGCCGAUACUAUCGAUGAAGCGGAACAACUUAAUAGGAGAAAUAAAAAAUGA